UCUUGUUUGUUUUUUCCUAGCGGAAUCGGUAGGUGACCAGCAGGAGCAGUGAAAAAAGAUGCGAAUUGUUUUGACUCUAUUCUACUCCAUCAUUCCUGUGCUUUUGAUAUCAUCUUGGUGUGAUGCUCAACUUCGGUUCCUGGCGAGAAUUUCCAGAGGAGGAAUAAAGGGUUCAGUGAUGUUCGAACAGGAGCGAGCUGGGGCUGAUGUGAAAAUCACUUCAGACUUGUCACAGUCUUCAGGAACAACCAUUGUUGAAUCUUUGGAUUGGGGUAUCCAAGAGAACCCAGUGGAUUACACCAUACAGGAUCCUUGCACCAGUCUGGGCGAAGAAAAGUGGGUGGAUUUUACAAAGCACACAAGCGGGAAAAGCGUUUUCGACGCGAAAGAAUUCUUCAUAUCACCAAGCGCAGAUCCCAAAAUCGAACUGCUGGGGAUGACGAACACAAUUUGGGGCCGAUCUGUGAGGAUUCAUGGGAAGUCCACUGAUGCUUGCGGGACAAUCGUAUACCACUCAUUCUUGGAGAACGCAGUGCUGGCAGAAGCAAUUCCAGUGUUCAGGAGUUGGCGAGCUACUUUCCGGGUGGCUGUUGGAGGCACUGCUGUGUUCCGAUCUAUCGAUUUCACCCCACUUGGAUUUCGAAAUAGUUACGUCUUGGUUGCCACUGAAAUGUAUUCUUUGGCUGGGGGAACCAAGAGUCUGAAUUGGGCCUUGCAGACUUCGGAUUCGUGGGAUUCAACAACCCAAGGCUUCUUGUUCAUUGGAGCAAUUAUGCUGGAUUUGGAGGUUGUCGUGAAAUUAAUUAUAUACUAUGUUGACCCAGCAGCCACUGAAAAUGAAAUGGAACUAUGCCGGAAUUCCCAGUGGUUUGACCCUGAUGCAAAAGGUGCCAGUUGCGGCUCUCAUCCAACCGAAACCUGUGCAGUUGGUGAUUUGACUUCUCAGUUGGGCAAAGCCCAUGUCGGAGCAGUUCCGGUUCCAAGAAGCUUGAGGCAAUUUGCUACAGUGCGGCUCACUGGCAAACAUCUCGAAUCGCCAAAUCUUUACUUAGCCCUGAAGGAUGGAGACAAUCUGAUCUCUUGUGCGAAGUUGUUUGAUUUGACUCCUCUGACUGGCAUCGCUUACUUUAACGCUCAUGGAGUGUUCGGCAAUUUUACACUAUUGCAAACUUCACCCUUCGAGGCAACCGAGAUCACCAUCAAUCUACAAGGACUCAAGAAAAUUGCUAAUAUGUACCAUGUGCACGAAUUUCCCGUCCCGCCUCAAAUAGUACCGGGUACAAAUGCAUGCAUGGGGACUGGAGCUCAUUUCAACCCAUACAAAGUUGAUUUUUCCAGCUCUCCGAAAACUGGAUUGGGAACGGAGGAUAUGUAUGAGCUGGGGGAUCUAUCAGGCAAGCACUCUGGUCUCAUGGACUUGGAGGAGACCCAGACUUCAAUGUGGGACUCAACCUUGCCACUGUUCGGAAGAAAUUCCGUCUUGGGUCGGUCCAUUGUCAUCCACAAAGCCAACGACAAAUCUCGCUUUGUCUGCGCUACCAUCGAAGACACCAGACCACUUCUGAAGGCUCAAGCUAUCUUUCACUAUCCAUUCACGGGAGUGGUAAUGUUUGCGCAGGCACAUGGAGAUCCCAGUGGCGGGACCACGGUGUUCGUUGAGGACCUUGUAUACGUUGAUGGAACUCAAACAAACUCAUCCCAUCACCUGUGGCAUAUCCAUGAGAAUCAGCCCUCCAGUUUCAAGGACUCCAUAGCCUCAGAUUCCAGAUGUGCUUCCACCAAAGGACAUUAUAACCCAACAAAAGCCAAUCCCAAAGGCGCAAACUACGAGUUCUGUCCAUUGAUUUCUGAGUAUUGCGAGGAAGGUGAUCUUGCAACCCGGCACCAAAAUCUGUCCAUAGCAGGCAGCAAAGCUGAUCGUGGAAAGACAAGAAUCUUUUUUCAUGAUGAUUUUCUUCCCUUGUUCGGGAUCCACUCAAUCAUCAACCGAUCAAUUGUUGUGCAUGGGUUGGAUGAAAAACCACGAGGAAACCGAGUUGGUUGUGCCAAGAUACUUUUGAACGAAGGGCGUAAAGUGAGCACAUUGGAAUGGAGCACAGAUGAUGUCAAUAAGAAAAUUAUAUCCGGUUCCAUCAAGUUCAGUCAAAGCUGCCCUUAUUCCCGUACCAUUGUGGAAGUGGAUCUUCAGCACCUAUUGUCUGAAGCUGGUGGGUACCAUGUACAUGUACUGAAGGGUGCUCUGGAAAAUUCGUAUCCGAGUUUAACCACUGGACCGCACUGGAAUCCCCUCGAAGUCUCAGCAACCAUUGCCACAUCUCGACCAAAAGCUACCCCGUCGUUCAGUGGCUUUGCAACCAUAGAUAUGUACGAGGUUGGGGACCUGAGUGGAAAGUUCGGCGUUUUGGAUGGACUUCCUGCCCAACAGGCAACCUAUAAGGACGCCAACACCCCAUUGUACGGGAAUACUUCCAUUACCGGAAGAGCGAUUGUUGUGCACAAGGUUGAAAAUGGUACAAGGUGGUCCUCCGCUGAUUUGCAGCUUUACGAAAAUGGAGGCGAAGCCAGAGAUGUGAUCGUGUCAUUUCACCAAGAAGAAUGCCAAGUCUAUGGAUUCAUCAAGAUGCGACAAGUACGAUACCGUACCGGUGUUGAGUCAGAUACCACCAUUGAGAUUGACAUCAAGUACAAGGGUGAUAGCGGAAAGAAAGUGACAAAAGGCCACACUUGGUCAGUUUUCAAAGAGCGUGUGGAUGAUACUGGUACUCACUGCUCAACUCCAAAAAAUCGGUGGAAUCCUUUCAUGCCGGUGUUGUCUCCGCCUAUCGAAGAAGUUGUUUACAAGAAGCAGUGUGGUCUCGACUUACCUCGAGGUUGCGAAAGUGGCGAUAUGACCUCCAAAGAUGGACCUUUAACGCUGGGUCCUGGGAAAAGGGAUAUAAUGAAUGACCCAAAUUUUUCUUUGUUUCUUGAAGGCGACGAUGUGGUGGGGAAAGCUCUCAUUUUGUAUGGGGAAGGUGGAUCGAAUAUUCCUCUGGCGUGUGCAAACAUUGAGAAGAAUUGGGAGAUAGGGAAGGUGGUUGGAGUUCAAAGCACCCCUAGCUUCAUGAGUAUCGAGUUCAUUAAUACUGUGCGAGAUAUCAUUGGCGUCCCACCGUGGAUGUUAUACUUGGACAUGUCUGCUGAGCGAACUCAAGGGGAUUGUUUGACCCUGCGAGUCAUUUUUACUGGUAAGUGA